AUGAUUGGACCAAAUUCAAUCGAGACUCGGAGGAAGCAGCACGCUGACGCCCAGAAGUGCCAGCGGGAUCGGAUGAAAGCAGCACUAGACCAAAUAGAGCGGAUAAUGAAGAUGGGAGGCGCGGGAAAUGUCCGAACGGGUGGCACCAAGACAAAUGUGCUCAUUCGGAACUUGCUCAGCCAGGCAGACCUGCUCGAGACAGUAGUGGAGUACAUCCAACACCCCCAGAAACAAGUCAAGGAGCUGAGAGAGCUGGGUCACGGUGGCCACGCGACACCAGAGGUGGAUGUUAAGAGGUGCGCUAGAUGUCAAAGUCAGAUUCAAGGCUCAAUGUCAGAAGAUUAA